AUGAAAAUAGCACUCCCGCUACAGUUUUCGUUUAUCGCCACACUGGUGGUACUUCUGAUUAGUUCUAAUAUUUCUGGAGGAUAUGGCCAAUGUUUGGGGGAUCAAAAAGCCUUGUUGCUUAAAUUCAAGAAUAGCCUUACGUUUGAUUCCUCUUUGUCAACCAAACUAGUAAGGUGGGAUCAAAACACUGACUGUUGCCAGUGGCCAGGUGUAAGUUGUGAUCAGGAAGGUCAUGUGCUUGUUCUCGAACUGGACAACGAAACAAUUUCUGGUGGUGUUGAGAAUUCAAGCAGUCUCUUCGAUCUUAUGUAUCUUGAGAAGCUGAAUUUAGCUUAUAAUGACCUAAAAUCUGUUCAAAUACCAACAGAAAUUUAUAAGCUCACAAACUUGAUAUACCUGAAUUUAUCAGAUGCUGGUUUUGUUGGGCAGAUUCCAAUGGAAUUGUCAAGAUUGACAAAGUUAGUGUCCCUUGACCUUUCUUACAACAACUUGAGAAUUGAUAUACAUGGUAGUAAUUCAACCUCAUCUCUCUUUCCCCAGUUGGAAGUACUGAAGUUGGUUUCAUGCGAGUUGCAGAAUUUUCCAGACCUUAAAAACCAGUCCCAUAUGUCCGAAUUAGACCUUUCGGACAAUAAUAUUAAAGGGAAAAUACCAAGCUGGAUUUGGAGUGUUGGAAAUGGAGGCUUAAAAUAUCUGAAUCUUUCAUGCAAUCUCCUGGAGUCUCUAGAAAAACCUUAUAAUAUAUCUACCACUCUGAGGGUUAUUGACUUGCAUUCUAAUAGUAAACUUACGGGACAAAUACCAACUUCGAUAUGCAAUCUACAUCAGCUUCAGUUACUUGAUAUGUCAAAUAACUCCAUUAACAACAGAAUACCUCCUUGUUUAUUCCAAAAGAUUCACCAUCUCAGGGUGUUGAAUCUAGGUAGAAACAAGCUAAGUGGCCUUAUUCCUGAUACAUUUCCGCGGAAUUGCAAUUUGGAAAUUUUAUCCCUCAACAACAAUAUGUUAGAAGGAAAAGUUUCAAGAUCCUUGAAUAGAUGUGCAUAUCUUGAGGUAUUUGACAUUGGAAAUAAUAAGAUUAGAGAUACAUUCCCAUGCAUGUUGAAGAAAUUAUUUAAUUUACAUGUCCUAGUCUUGAGGUCGAACAUGUUCUAUGGGAAUCUCAAAUGUCCUAUAGCUAAUCAAACAUGGCCAAGGCUCCAAAUUAUAGAUCUUGCUUCAAACAAUUUCAACGGAUAUCUGCUACCACAAUACUUCUCAAACUUGGAAAAAAUGAUGCCGAGUAGCAAAUUUCCAGAGCCAGAGUACUUGAGAGUUGAAGUCUUCAACUAUGGCAAGUACUAUCUAGACAGAGUAACUGUAGUUCUCAAAGGUCGGGAGAUAGAGAUUGUAAAACUUCUUGCAAUUUUUACGUCGAUUGAUUUCUCUUGCAAUAACUUUCAAGGGGAGAUACCCGAGGUAUUGGGAGAUCUCAAAUUGCUUUACCUUCUUAACUUAUCACACAAUGCUUUGACAGGAAGAAUACCACAGGCCCUUGGAAAGUUAACUCAGCUUGAAUCCUUAGAUCUUUCAGUUAACCAGUUAAGUGGGAGGAUUCCGGACGAGCUCGUAGGUCUCACAUUCCUUUCUUUCUUGAACCUAUCUUUUAAUCAACUUUCUGGUAGGAUUCCAAGAGGCAACCAAUUUCAGACGUUCUCAGCAGAUUCCUUUGAAGGGAACACGGGGUUGUGCGAUUUUCCGUUAAAGAAAACAUGCAGUGACAUCAAAGUGAAUGAAUUAUCACAACCUAGCAGCCAUUCUGAACAUGAAAUUGAUGGGAAGUAUAUAAGUUUUGCCUUGGGAUCUUCUGUGUGUUUUGGCAUUGUAACCUGGCUGCUUUUGUAUAGCCAAAGAUACAAUGAGCUUGUUGAUAGACUUCUUUUCAGAAUUUUGGGUCAGCACAAAAAAAGUGGUAGGAAUAAAAACAAAAGGAGGUCAAGAUGGGAUCAAAACACUGAUUGUUGCCAGUGCCCCGGCGUAAGUUGUGAUCAGAAAGGUCAUGUGCUUGUUCUAGAACUGGACAAUGAAACAAUUUCCAAGGAGAUG